AUUGGAUUGCAUUACUUCAACAUAGUUUACGCAUCAAAACUUCAUAUCAAAUUUUUUUCGUAAGCGCAUUGUUUUUUUUCUCUCUUCCUCUCUCUUUUCAUUGGUUUCUUUGGUUUUAUGGAUUGAGUGUGUUUUGCCCACAAAAUAGAAAUAUUUUGUUUCAUAAUAUGGACCAUCCAAGUCCGGCGAAACCAGAUGCUUCUGUCGAAUUAUCACCAUCGACGACCACAAUCGAUACAUCAAACGAUCAGAAGCGUCGAAGUUCACAGCGAUCGAUAAAAAGGAAACGUUUCGACGAUGAAAUAGUUCAGUAUAGUAUUGGUGUACCGUCAGCACAAGUAAAUCGAAUUGGCCGUUCACGAAGGCAAUCGGUGGCAUCAGCUGCAAAUACAUCGACCACAAGUACGCCUCCAUCAACAACCACAACAACCACAUCAUCACCGCAAGCAUUGAAAACACCCGAACCAGUAACGCCUGUUGUGCCAACAACACCACAAACCACAACAACAAUAGCAACAGUAAUAACAGCAACAACAACAACACCACCACCAGCAGCAUCAGUAGCAGCAGUAACAAUAACAACAGUGAGUGCCGAACCGCCAAUCUGUGAACCAGUCAAAAACGAACCUGUGCUUCAGAACAACGUUUCACUCACACAGCAAGCGAUUGUAAAUAAUACACCCGUUACACCACCAGCCGUCAACUCAACACCAAUGAUUCCACAAACACCUUCCAUUCAACCGACAACACCAGCCCCUGUGGCUGUUGCAUCACCGGCAUUAGUGCCCGAAAAACGUCGAUCGGUCAAAUCGAUCACGAAUUCAAAGAAAAGCAAAAAACACAGGCCCGGCCAACAAAUCACAACCAAAGAUUUGGGACGUUGGAAACCGAUCGAUGAUUUAUCAUUGAUUAUUGGCAUUCAACAGACAAAUGACCUGCGUAUGGUGCAUCAAGGUGUUAAAUUUUCAUGUAAAUUUACCAUGCAAGAAAUGCAGAAUCGAUGGUAUUCUCUGCUCUACGAUGAAGCAAUUUCGCGUAUUGCUGUUGCGGCGAUGCGCAACUUACACCCAGAAGUAGUGGAAAGUGUGCACGCCAAAGCACUCUAUACAGCUCAAGAAGAAGAAUUACUCGGCACCGUUAAGAGUACGGACGCUCCGACACUGGAUACAUUUCAAACGUUGCUCGACAAAAAUGCACACUCAUUUUAUCCAGCUCGAACGGCAAAGGCACUCUUUAACCAUUGGAAUAUGAUGAAACAGUACAUGCUGUUGCCCGACCAACAAAUCAUAACGAACAAGAAUCCAUUGUCAUUUUCAACAUUGCCGGACGGCGAUCCAAACAUCAAUUUCUCCGAUCAAGAGGAUAAACUCAACGAUGCCGAUUUGGCCGAUGCUCGAGAUGAAGCGCUCGAAUUGGAACUGGCAUUGGCCGAUCGCAAGUGUAAAAAGGAAAUCCGCCAUUUGGAAAACGAAUUGCCGAGAUGGACGGUACUGGUUGAUUCAAUCACUGGAAUUGGAAUUCAUCCCGAAUUUGAUAACAUCACACUGGCCGUUCUGCGUGGCCGCCUCGUCCGAUAUUUGAUGCGAUCGAGAGAGAUUACAUUGGGUCGAAAGUCGGAUCAUGACCAUGUUGACGUCGAUUUGUUAUUGGAAGGGCCUGCUCAUAAAGUAUCACGCCGACAAGGCACCAUCAAAUUGCGAAGCAACGGUGAUUUCUUCAUUACGAAUGAAGGUAAACGGCCGCUUUUCAUCGACGGUGUGCCAUUGCUUCAUGGUAACAAAACCAAACUGAACAACAACUGUACAAUCGAGAUUGCGGGACUUCGUGUUGUCUUUAUGAUAAAUGUCGAACUAAUAAAUGCGAUCCGACAAGAGAGUGCCAAAAUGAAUGGGCCACUAAAUUAGAUUUAUGAUGAAUAAAUUACAUUUAGGUAGAUAGAUUGGAUAGAUUUAUGUUUUUGUGUGUAUGUAAAUUGUAAAUGGAAAUAAAAAACGAAAUUUCAUUUUGGUUUACAAUUGUAAA